AUGAACUAAUAAAUCUAUUUCAAUUUGAAGAUUCCUUAAUUCAAGUUCUAAAUAUUCAAUUAAUUCAAGAUUCAGUUAUUGAAAAUAAAGAUGACUAUAUUAUUAAAAGUAAUAAUGAAAAACAGAAUAUGUAUGAAGCUAAUUUG